AUGGAAUCCCACGCCCAAACGGCGGAGUCGUCUCACAAACGACCUCGGUCUCCCACCGCCGAUCACGGCAUGUCGUCGAAAGUGCCAAAGACGCACUCAAACCACCUGCAAAUAAACUAUCUCGCACGGCAAUACCCUGACAACCUACCGCUCGUCUCCGUCGAUGAUACCAUGCCCGCAAUCGUCCAUCUGCUCGGCGAAUAUGACGGCGUUCUACACCGCCACGAGAGCAUCGCCGGAAAUCUGGGCGCAUGCCCGCUUGGUCCAAUAUUGAUCAAGCGCUUCGAGCGCCUGUUCGAUGGACCGCCGCAAGUGUUGAAGUCCCAUGGCAAAGAUGGACCUACGGUGACUUGGCUCGAUGUGGUCGAAUUUGCGAAGAAUAAGCCCGAGCAAUUCAAUCUGGAGAAGUCGCGCAACGGCGUGCGAGUCUGCCAGUUCUACACCAAGCAGUGUCGCGUGGAAAUCAGUGAGGAGGAUUUCGUUUUGAUUGCUUCCGGCAUGCCGCAGAAGAUGAUUCCGCCCCAGCCUAUCAUCGAGGAUGAGGAAAAGGAGCUGGGCGCACUGGAGAUUCUUGAGAAGAACUUGCAUCAUAUAAUUCAGAUGGCUGAUCAAGUCUCUGCUCGAGCGAGACAGCUUAACCAUCGAUUGAAGAAUCGCCGCAAUGCUAUUGUCACCCGCCGAGAGAACGAUGCUUCUCUACAUGCACAAUCCCGAAAUGUCACCGACAUCUGGCGCGAUCCCAACGGUAAUGGUUCAGGAAACGGCCAUGGAUCAUCUCACCCUUCUCCGUCUGGCUUUGUCGCUGUCAACUCGCAUCGCCCCGAAGGCGAGCACACCGAGGAGAACCCUCUAUCAUCCCAAUUCAUGUUUUCACACACCAAUACCGAUAAUGUCACCAUGAUCAACGGGCAAUCGAUCAAAGGUGCUUCCCCAACCACCCGUGCAGACUUGAUGAAGAGGUUUUUCACAACGGCUGACCGUCAUGCCCGUGGCUAUGAUGACGCAACAGCCCCAGUCAAUCCUCAACCACUCCCUCGGCCUCGUGCCUCCGACCCAGCAGACUACAGUCUCUACAACCCCACGACAGCAACCCCAGUUGCUAUCCCAAGCACCCCCUCCUCCCUCCUCCCACCGCCAAAAUCAAUCCACCAAGAAAAAGACGAUGGAGGCCCUUUCAAGUUAGAAAUGAUAGCGCGCAUGGAAGAGCUCCAACGCGGCGAGCGUGUAAUUCCCCCCUGCGACCGCUGCCGCCGCCUCCACAUGGACUGCCUCAAGAACCUCACCGCCUGCGUUGGUUGCACGAAGAAACACGCCAAGUGCUCCUGGCGCGACGUCAAAGAAGACGAAGUCACCGCCAUGCGAGCUGGAAUCACGACCUCAACGGUAUCCCACGAGCGCCUCGACAACGACCGCUCCAGCGCAAACCUUACCCCACCCCAAUACGGUAUGGGUCCACUGCCCCCGAUCUCCGCUGAGCGGGAGCUCGGCCCCUCCGCCCCGAACCUGGCCCCUGGAUCUGCGGUUCCGAUGGAGCUUCCUUCCAAUGAUAACUCCCCGCGCCGGGCAAUGAGCGAGACGGAGAAUAAUGGCCGCCCCACUGUUCCUACUGGUCGUGUCUUGGAUCGCAUCGAGGAUGAGGAUCCCGAUGCUAAUCAGCGACUCCGACAGGCUAUUUUGGAUACAGUGGAUCAUCACACACGUGUCGCUGCGGCUGUUCAGGAGAGGGAGCGUGGUGCGGAGCGUGCGGAACAUCCAGUGGUUCUUCCUGCUCCAGGCCCGGCUCCUGUUUCUGGUGGUACUUAUGACCGAGAACGUGAACGUGAACGGGAGCGGGAGGCUGAUCGUGAUCGUGAUCGGCGUAUGGUACAUGCGUAA